AUGAAGAAGAUGAUGCUAGCCACAAAAAUUGGUAUGAUGAGGAAGAUGGUGAUGCCGGAGAAACCUAUGAAGCCAUGGUGUGAAGAAACUGAAUCUGAAUUCCUUCUAAGAGAGGAAGGAUAUGAAGAUGAUCCAGAUUGUGGAGAGUUCACUCAUGAAAGAGAACAAGACCAGUUCGUGGAGUCUUACAAUGAGGAAAAGUCGUGUGAAGAAUCCGACUCUCAAAUCAGUCUAGGAGUGACUGAACCAUGGAACGAAGAUAACUUUGGUGUUGAAUCAGGGCUCAAAGGGGAGGAACCAGAACCGGGAUACAUCUCAUUUUCAGGCUUUAGCCAGGGACUAGAAGGGUACAUAAGGUGGGAAAGAGACAUGGGUAAUUGGUUUCAGUCUAACCAAGUUCCCGAGGAGGAGAAGACGAUUUAUGCUGAAAAAACUCUCACUACAUAUGCGUUUAGGCAUUGUGAAAAGGAAUAUUACAUGUCAAUUAACUUCGAUGAACCAACCUAUUCCUGGGAAGACAUGAAGAAGAUCAUGUAUGAAGAGUUUGUGAAGGAUGCUGAAACAAGCAAUACAAUGUGA